AUGCUCCACUGCUCCACCCAACUCGUGGCCCCCGCCGCCGCCGACACGUACCGCACCCUUUUGACCAAUGAGAACUUCGUCCAGUUGUUCCCCACGGCCGUCGGCUGCGAGGGCUGGGUCCUGCGUCCCAUUCUCGAAGCCAUCUUCCUCGCGACCUGGAAAAAGGACCAGGAGAUUCAAGGCCAGUUGAGUUCCCGAGAGCUCAUUGCCAGGGUCGACCGGAUUGAAUCGGUACUGCACCUGCACGGGGAGCGACUGACCCCGAAGGUCAUCAACCAUAACAAUAACAACCCUAGCACCAGCACCAGCACCAACGACACAUACAUCUUUGCGCACGCCAGCUUCGUGCACCUGCACACCGAGGUCUCCGGCUGCAAGCCCAGUGUCCCCGAGAUCCAGCAGAAUACUGAGGAAGUCCAUCGCAGCGUGGCGGCUGCUCCCGCCGGCCGCGAUCAAUUUCCACACAAUAGCGUGGCCAUUCUUAAUACGUGGGUGUCUCGCGGUGGGCGCAGCAGCGCGAGACCUUCCAGACCAUCAUGGCCGAGAGGUCUCAGGCCCCUGCAACGUCGGGUAAUCUACACUGCUUGCGGUCGGUGGUGCAGGAGAGUGCUGGACGAAUUUCGAUCAGCACGGGGCGGCGCAGAAGGCGAGUGGGUAUAA